GGAAACGGGCCCCGGGUUGGUGUUUGUAAACUUGCCUCGGUCCCGGCCGGGCAGCGGCGGCCACGGGGUUGGCACGGUGUGCUGGGGCCUGGAGGAGGCGCCGCGCGGUGGGGGAGACAGCGGGAGGCCGCGCCUGGCAGGUUUCUGAAACAGAUCGUGAACUUCAACGAGAGGAUUCGGUUGGAAAACGAACACCAGCAGACUUUUUCUUCAGAUCAUAGGCCAGGCAGAGUCCAGGGAUUCUUGGAACAUCUAUCUUCCCUUUGGAGGACACUAAGAUCUAUUUGAAGACAAAGGCAGUUCAAUAUGGCAGCAGGACGGAAGGGACACAAAGGAGUUGUUACAGUGAUUUGGUGACAGUUCUUCAAACAACAGUGUCUUAGGAAAGGUGGAUCAAGAAACUCCUGAACUUUUGGGUUGCAUUAAGUGAGAAAUCAGCAUGGCUCAGGAAUUAAUUGAGCUCCUGUUUCAUGCAAGGCAUUAUGCUGGGGAUACAAAGAUGAGCAAGUCUCCUGGCUUGUGAAGGCCUAGCAGGUGUGAGUUUGGUUCCCACUGCAGCCAGCAAGAAGAUGAUGCUGAGCCAGAUUGCCAGCAAGCAGGCCGAGAAUGGAGAGCGGGCAGGUAGCCCUGAUGUGCUGAGGUGCUCAAGUCAGGGCCACCGAAAAGACAGCGAUAAGUCCCGGAGUCGCAAAGAUGAUGACAGCUUGGCUGAGGCCUCUCAUUCAAAGAAGACUGUUAAAAAGGUGGUGGUGGUGGAACAAAAUGGUUCUUUUCAAGUAAAGAUUCCCAAAAAUUUUAUUUGUGAACACUGCUUUGGAGCCUUUAGGAGCAGUUACCACCUCAAGAGGCACAUCCUUAUUCAUACUGGUGAGAAGCCAUUUGAGUGUGAUAUAUGUGAUAUGCGCUUCAUCCAGAAGUACCACCUGGAGCGUCACAAGCGUGUGCACAGUGGCGAAAAGCCCUACCAGUGUGAACGGUGUCAUCAGUGUUUCUCUCGGACAGAUCGAUUACUCAGACACAAACGGAUGUGCCAAGGGUGCCAGUCCAAGACUUCCGACGGGCAGUUUUCUCUAUAGGCGCAAGGGGCCCUGGGUGGUGGGAGUGAUCAGAAGAAUUUACCGAAGAGCGCACCCCCUCUGGUCUGAUGGUCCCACCACCACCCCGUCUGUACCUGUCCCCCUCCUGGAGGAGUGGACCCAGGAGACCAGAAGAGUGCAUCAGGGGACAGCGGCCUCAGAGCCUCAGCUCUGUAAAUAAUCUGAGACUAUGAGUAUCUCGGGGAAGUUCCUACAGCAUUCCUGGGUAGGGAAGCUAGUCCCUGGACCCUUGGCUGAGGUUAUAGGUGGGGACUGAAGGUACAGGACCAAGACUGGUGUGGCUCCCACAACCUUGGACUCCAGCUGGCAGCUGAAAUGGAAAGGAUUGGGGAGAGGGAUUUGUUUGUUUGUUCUGUUCUUGUUUUUGUUUAUUCAAAAGCAAUUUUAGCAGCUACACUGUGGAUACAGGUAAUAUGGAGGCAUAGAGCCCUGGUUAAAGCAGGGACAAUGGCUGGCCCAGCCCUCCCCAGAAUUGAGUUUUUAGUUGCAGUUGAUCCUCAGUGUUCCACAGCCCUGCACCUCACCUUCUGUUUGAAGGAGAGGAGGAUCAGGGAUGGCAACUGAGUUUACCUUGGUCUCCUUAUACACUGUAGGGACAGAAGGAAGAAUGGCGGGAGGAGCAGACAAGGGCUGGGUACAACUAGAGUGGGCAGGUACCUCUUCCUUCCUCCAGGGAAGAGCGAGAGCUGUGCCCACGGCUGUUGCAACGGCCCAGGCCACCCUGGUACCUGAUGGGGUCAGCUCAAGUGCCUUGUGGAGGGAACUUGGGUGAGAGCGGCCCACGGAGCCCUUCCAUGCCCUCUUUGGGCACUCCAUCUUGGAGAUAGCAUGUGGCUACCUCGCUGCCGUUGACUCCUGAGCCAGACAGAGGUUUUGAGCAGGUAGUCAUGGAUACCAAAGGGGGUUCUCUCUCCUUGUGCCCUCUUAGGAACAACCCGAGACUAGUCCCAAGUUGAGCAACAACUGUUCAAGAAACAAAGGAGUUUGGUGUCCCCUGACAUGACUGUUGAGCAGUGUGAGCUGCUCUCCCUGCCCAAGUCCUAUCACUGUAUUCAGGUAGGAGAUAGGGGUGUGGCCUUUGGUCCCAAAGAAUAAGAUCUUCGCUUCCUUCUUAAUGGCCAUCCCUACCCAACAAAGAAUUGGGGGGAGGGGGUGCUGCAGAGAAAGGACUGAGGAAGAAACCUAUUGUAGGUUUUAUUCUUAAUCGUACUCUUUGCUCCUCUCUGCCCCAACACCACCACCCUAU